AUGGGAUCGAUCCGAUUCCGCAGCGGCGGUGCUGCGCGGGAGGCGGCCGCGGGCACGCUGGGCUCGAUCAGCGGCUUUCCCCUCAGGCUUGGGUCCGACAUCGCCGGAUUCGUGCACGGUAUUCGGAUUUUGCUAUUUGCUCGUGUGGGGGUAUAUUGCAGAUUUGUCAAUGUCGCCGCGGCUGCCACAGUCGCUCUGGUUGUCGCUGCGCUGUUCAUAAUGGUUGGCCGGCGCCGCAAGGAGAACGUGCUCGCAUCUGUGCUCGCAUCUAGUUGGCGCGUCGCGAAUGUCGCCCUGCUACCCGUGCUCCUGCUCACUGUGGCUGAGCCUCGUGCGUCGCCGCUGCUCCUCGGCGUGAUGGCCGUGGCAUCGCUCGGCGCCGCUUCUUGUCUGAUCGGCACCGCUUCUCUGCGGCCAGCAAAGUCGGCGCCGCCUUCGCGAGCGUUGUCUGCGCCGUCGCCUACGCCCGAUGACUGCGGCGGCGGCAUGGCCACGCCCGACGAGCUCGCGGUCAUCUAUGCCGUCAAGCACUCGCUCCGUCAGUCGCCGCCGCCGCCCAACCUGCCUGAGGACGGGAAGGUGGUGGCCGUGCAGCUGCUGCGAGUGGUGCGGGAGCACGGCACCGACGCGCGCGCGGUCGAGCGGGCGGUGGGGCACUGGCCAAUCGGCUUCCACUGCGGCUACUCGAAGUCUGGCAGCCCGGUCAAGAUCGAGCGCCUCGGCGCGUGCGCGCCUCCGUCGGAUACAAAGCUGCUCUACCCCUAUUACCUCGCCCUCGUCGACACGCUGCAGCGCCGGCUCGACCGCACCUCCGUCACGAGCGGGCGGCUGCAGCAGACGUACGAGCUCUUCGACUUGGCCGGGCUCGGCACGCACAUGGUCACCUUUACCACGCUGAGCUUCACAAAGGACGUGAUGCUCGCCUUCGCCACGCACUACCCGUCCUCCUUCUCCAAGGCGGUCGUGAUCAACGCGCCCUCCUUCAUGGCGCGCCUCUACCGCAUCCUCUCGACGGUGCUGCCCGCCUCGGUCAAGGCCAAGGUCAGCAUCCUCGGCGCCGAGUACGAGGCCGAGCUCGCCAACGACCUCACGCCGGAGACACUCUACUGGGUGACCACCGCGUCGCACGCACAGCUCUGCCGAGCGCCCUUCAGGGACGGCGCAGCCCCGGCGCAGCCCGCCGGCAGUUCGAGGGCCGUGCGCUGAGGCUCACCAUGGCAUGCCUCGCCUCUCACGAUCCAUGUCGAGCACCGCAGUCACCCAGUACAGUUACAGUUGUUUGUUAGUUUGGGCGGGAGGCUGGCGCUGUGUACAAUCGUUCGUGGGUUUGAGCUCCAGCUUGUGGAGCACUUCGCGCGCGUUUAUAAAUAAAUAGUAGUGCAGGCAU